AUGCCCAGCGAAACAACCACUUCCCCCGACACCGUCGAGUCCGAAAUCUACAACCACCUCCUCUCAGAAUCAUCCACAACCCUCGACGACCUUCAUGCAAACCUCCUCAUCUCCCUCCAACGAGCCGGCUGGGCCGAGCGCGUCCAAUCCUUAUCCCUAGAACUUCUGCGCGCAGGUCGCUGUACACAUUUCGAUGAUAUGGUUGAUGUUGUCGUUACGCUUGCUGCGGGCCAGACACACCCCGUUGUACCGGAGGCCAAUAACAACAAUACUACAAAUGGUCAUGAUAAAGGCAGUGUUACGAAUGGUGCUAGUAAUGCGGCGAAUUCGGAGUCGUUUUUUAGAGAUAUCGAUGUGCGAAUACCAAAGGAAAUUGUGGAACAGGGUGUUAGAUCACUGAAGGAUUCGUUAAGAUCGUUUGCUACGAUUGAGGAUGAUGAUGACGGACCGGAAGCCGACGAGAAGGAGUUUACGAACGGCAAGGCUACGAAAUCCGAGAAGAAGAAUAAAUCAAGCGGCAACAAAGACUCUUCGAGCAAUGGUAACCCAAGCCCUAUGAAGAACUCGGCUGGAGGCAAGGAUAAGAAAUCGAAAUCUGGGAAAGAUGCCAAAUAA